AUGAAUAGUCAACAUGCAGUGUGCAAUGUUUAUGCAUCAGGUUAUAGUAUAAUUAGGGGUAAUAACGGAUAUGCUAGAACAGCGGAGCGGAAGUGCUUUGACCAAGCACCGUCACAAGAUUCAGCCAAUCUGUUUCAGUUGGUUGACUCCUCGGGAAACUUUAUCACUGGACAACAAAAUGGUCUCUUACUGUACAACGGUGGUACCUUGUGUGAUAGUAGUUUCAAUAUCACUGCAGCGCAUGCUGUAUGCAAGCUCAUGGGGUUCAAAAACGCACUAUCGUGGAAGUCUGGAAAAAUUUGGAGAACUCAGGAAAGGUAUAAAGUAUUUUCGCACAGUUUGGUCUGUUCUUUGAGAGAUUGGUCAUCGUGCACGUUCAGAAAUGAUGGAAAAGCUUGUACUGAUCACGCUAAAGACGUAUUUUUGACUUGUUCGGGAAAUCGUAGCCCGUUCACUCUUGUAAACUCUGCUGGAUCACAAGUUUCUGGUCUUCAACAGUUCCUACUUCUUUAUAAUGGAGGCACAGUUUGUGGUGAUCAGUUCAGUGAUAAUUCUGCUGAUGCUAUUUGCAGGGAUAUGGGCUACUAUGGGGCAAAAAGGUGGCGAAUGGAAGAGACGAACUGGUCUUCGGGUAACCCUAAGGUUGAUUACCACAUCGCUUUGGAUGAUGUUAAUUGUACUGAAGGGGACUGGAAAGCAUGUUCUUACACAACGUCUCAUGAUUGCGAACAUGGUAAAGUUAUAUAUCUCUCCUGUAUGUUUAUCCCUGUUCAUAACAACAACACAUCUUCGCUAGAGACAUGCGAGAAUACCUCAACAGAAAAUACCUCGACAGCUUUUGUGACUAUAAUUUGCAUUGGUCUGGUUUUCAUUGUUUUCAGGAAAAACUCUCAAAUUGACCGUUUAUCAAAGAAAAGUGCUAAUACAGACGCCCUUGUCAAGAAACUUCAAGAUCAGCUGAAGGAACUGCAAAAUAGAGACUUGAUAGACCUCAAGUCAGUUCUUACAGAUUGCUCAGAUGACAACGAUCAGAACAUCAAAUUGGUUGACUCUUCAGGAAACUAUAUAACUGAAGAACAACAAGGUCUCUUACUGUACAACGGUGGUACCUUGUGCGAUAGUAGCUUUAACAUGACCGAUGCGGACGCCGUAUGUAGGCUUAUGGGCUUCAAAGGUGCUUUAUCGGGGAAGAUUGGCUACAUUUGGAAGAUUCAAGAUAAUUAUAAGAUAUCUUCACACGGUUUAGCAUGCUCAGUAGGAGAUUGGUCCUCAUGCUUAUCCAAAAGUAGGAACUCUUGCAAUGACCAUACUAAAGAUGUGUUUCUCACUUGUUCGGGAACUCGGAGCCCGUUCACUCUGGUGAACUACUCAGGAUCACAAGUGUCAGGUGAUCAACAGUUCCUAGUUCUUUAUAAUGGAGGCACAGUCUGUGGUGACCAGUUCAGUCAUAAUUCUGCUCAAGCUAUUUGCAAGGAUAUGGGUUAUUAUGGAGCAAAAACGUGGCGGAGAGGAAAUUCGAGCUGGUCUACGGGGAGCGCCAAGGUGGAGUAUCGUAUCGCAUUGGAUGAUGUUAACUGUUCUAGGCAAAACUGGAAAUCCUGUUCCUACUCGACAUCACAUGAUUGCAAACAUGGUCAAGUUAUCUAUCUUUCCUGCAUGUUAAAACCUAAUUACAGUCCAGUGGCAGUUGCGGCAGAUGAUGGUCAAAAUUGUAUUACACCUUAUCUGACUUUAAUUUGCAUAGGUUUGGCUGUGAUAAAUUGGAGGAAAGGCUCUAAAAUUUACGCUAUAAAUAAGAAAAACGCAGAAAAUAACGCUAAGACUGAGGCUCUUGUCAAGAACCUUCAAGAUCAAUUGGAGGAACUGCGAAAUGUUAGGAAAACGUCUUCAAAAACGAAUAUGGUUGACUCUUCCGGGGACGAAUAUCAGAACAGUAACGGAAACUUAGUGCUGUACGAUGAAAACAAGAAAUCUGUUUGGAGCAGUGGCACAAGAGGUAAUUAUGACGAGAUAGAGCUUGUGGUACAGGACGACAACAAUGUCGUACUCUACAAUUCCUUCCAUCGGGACAGGCCCGUUCUCUGGUCAACCUAUACCAAAGACAGAUACUGUCCCGAAGAUGAAAUCGGAAAAAAACAGCUACAAUUGAUAGACGACUUGGGGAAGCCCGUCAUUAGUGGUCAAAGAGGUCUCUUGCUGUUUCAGAACAUGACCUUCUGCGAAAUUAACUUCAAUGAUUUGAAUAAUGCAGCCCAUGCCAUUUGCAAGCUGAUGGGUUUUAAAGUUUCCGGACAUCAACAGUUCCUACUCCUUUAUAAUGGAGGCACAGUUUGUGGUGAUCAGUUCAGUGAUAAUUCUGCUGCAGCUAUUUGCCGGAAUAUGGGCUACUCGGGAGCAGAAAGCUGGCGAUUAUCAUGGCCUUUUGAAAAGUAUGUGGAUGUAUACGUAUGCAAAGUGGAAGAAUUCGAAAAUUGA